UGCACCUAAAGUAGUUUGCCAACCACCAUUAAACAACAGUAGAAGGCGAAGAAGACGAAGGUCUUUCCAACAUGGACGCGCCCACGGGGAUUGAUUUCUGAAGGAGACUAGUUUCUUCAGUAUAAAUUUUCUGUUUCGUGAAGGUCAGCAUGAUGGGUCGACCAUGAAGUGUGCCCGCUGUCUGCUCCAUCUGCGCCGUGUCGGACCUGUGGGCCAGUCAGCCAGGCCUGCUGCCCCGUCAGCCUCCUACAGCCAGAGCAGCGUGGUCCCUAACGUCCACAACCAGGUAUUGAGGCGUUUCCACGGUAGCCCAGCCUGUGCCAAGAAUCGACCUCUACCUGCAGAGUUUGUUAAUGAGGACAGCAAGAAGACGGACAAGUCUCUGAUCAGCCAUGGUGACCUGUUUGAGCAGGUGGCCAAAGAGGCCAAAAGCAAAGCCACCUUUAACAAAGUGGUGGAAGUCUUCAUCAAGAGAGACGUAAGACGGCGGGGUCAUGUGGAGUUUAUCUACGCUGCUCUGAGGAAGAUGCCGGAGUUUGGUGUGGAGAGAGACGUUGCUGUCUACAACAAGCUUCUGGAUGUUUUUCCCAAAGAAGUGUUUGUGCCCAGAAACUUUAUCCAGCGAAUGUUCAACCACUAUCCCCGACAGCAGGAGUGUGGCGUGCAGGUGCUGGAGCAGAUGGAGAAUUAUGGUGUCCUGCCCAACAUUGAGACCAAAGUCCUGCUGGUCCAGAUAUUUGGAGAGAAGAGCCACCCCAUAAGGAAGUACCAGCGCAUCCUGUACUGGUUCCCUAAGUUUAAGCACAUUAACCCCUUCCCCUUCCCUCAGCAGCUGCCAGAAGACCCAGUGGACCUGGCUCGCAUCAGCCUGACUCGCAUCGCUAAUGACCUGGAUGCUAAGGUUACCGUCUACCAGCUGCCCUGUACAGACAUUACAGAGAACGGAGAAGAGGUAACACUUCCACAUAUCGUAGGUAUCCAGAGCCCCAGCCAGAUGGAGCUGCUGGCCAAGCAUAACUCGACCAGGCCGCUGUUUGUAGAGGGUCCCUUCCAUCUGUGGCUGAGAAAGACAUGCGUGUACUACUACAUCCUCAGAGCUGAGCCCAUACCACCUCAUGAAAAGGUGGAGGAGCCAUAUGAUCCAGAGAGGUGUUUUUAUUAUCCUCUGCAGCUAGACCUGGAUUUGGACCUUGACCUCGGAGAUGACGAGAGCUUUGACGUGGAAGACUUGGACGAGGGCCCAGUCUACGCCAUGUGUAUGACCAGCCAGGGAGACCAGACCACCUUAAACCAGUGGAUCUCUGGCCUCCAGCAGAACAACUCUAUCUUGGGUCAGAUCCCCAUUCUGUUUCGUCUGGAGGCUGGUCCCCGUGAGCUGCAGGCGGAAGCUGACACAGAGUCAGGCCACCACCACAGGCCUGACCCAGCGACCCAACAAGAUCAGUCGCACCCUGAAGAAGAACCUGAUGUUAGAGUGGAAGAGGAGCAGAGGAAGAGCCACGGCAUGAAACAAUGAACAGCUGUAGGACUGACAAAAAAGAAACGCGGCAUACUGUAUAUGUCCAUGCUGGGUAGGGCCUCAAGUAAUUUCAUUUAACUAGCAACACACCACCUCAACAGGACAUGAGGAGGGAGGACUCUUAGUAAUGUUGGUUAAGUUCCGCAGUCAAAUAAAAUAAAUGAACCUAUCGUUGUGUGCUUCCCUAUUAUAUUCUCUGUCAAAGGUGCCACAUGAGUGUACAUGUUAAAUGCCAGUGUUUUCCAACCUGGAGGCCAGAGUAACAGAAUAGGAAACAUUUCUACCACAGAAAUCAUGUUCAACCAUCAGUUCUGUCAUAC